AUGGAUUCAUUAAAUUAUUCGUUAAAAGACACAAAUUUGUCUGGGAAAGUCGUGAUUAUGACUGGUGUAAAUGAUGGAAUUGGAAAGAACCUUGCAUGUUACAUCUCAUCAUUUAAACCAAAACGACUUAUCCUUCCGGCUUGUGAUCGUUCCUCCAGUGGUCGCGUGCUCGAUUACAUACGCGCAAAAACGGGCGAGGAAAAUGCCGAAAUAUGGGAUAUGGAUUUGGAGAAUUUUGAUAGUGUGCGAAAGUUUGGUCGAAGAAUCGUCGAUGAAAUUGGAGAAACACAUGUGUUAAUCAAUAAUGCUGAAUUCUGGUCAAAAGAGUUGAUCAAAACCAAAGAUGGAUUAGAGAAACAAUUUCAGAUCAAUUAUCUCGGACACUUUUUACUGACAAACAUCCUGAUUGAAACUCUUAAAAAAUCGGGAACGCCUGAAUUUCCUGCUCGAAUUAUACAUAUCUCUCCCUCAUUAAAUCGUCGCGCUGUUAUCGAUAGGGAUAAUUUUGAUGGGUCAAAGUCAAAUAAAAUGUUUGAACUGUAUAAUAAUUCUAAGUUUAUGAAUAUAGUGUUUAGUAACGAACUGAAUCGUCGUCUAGCAUUGACCAAAGUGGUCUCAGUCGUCAUCUGUCCGGGCAUCAUAAAAUCGCAUUUAAGCCAAUUAAAUGGCAUUCACCAAUUCUGGAAAACAAUCACCAUAAAACUCAACGGCCAAAAAGCCUCAAGAAAAUCCUCAUUCAAUGUUUUAUACCCGAUUUUCUCGCCAGAUAUCCAGAAAAACAGAGGAAUAUAUUUCGAGAACGGACGUGUCACGAAAGUUAAUCCGAAAGCUGAUGAUGUGGCGUUGGGAAAAGAGUUGUGGAAAGUAUCAGAUGAGAUUGUGCAGUCUGUUUUGAGAAAAUAUGGGAUUCCGGAUGGUGAAAUAUAA